AUGGACGCCUCUGCGAGCGCAGAUCCAGGCCACGAGCUUCUCUCGUUCAUCAAUGCUUCACCCACUCCUUUUCACGCCGUCAGUUUACUCAAACAAAAACUCGACAAAGCAGGAUUCAACUGUUUACAAGAGAAAGAGCCGUGGUCCAGAACGUGUAAAGCGGGUGGGAAAUACUACCUCACACGCAAUGCUUCAACCAUUCUAGCAUUCGCGAUAGGGAGAAAAUGGAAGCCCGGAAACCCCGUUGCUAUGAUUGGCGCACAUACUGAUUCGCCGACGCUUCGAGUGAAGCCUAUCAGCAAGAAGCAGGGCGACGGCUUUAUUCAAGUCGGUGUUGAGACUUAUGGUGGAGGCUUAUGGCACACAUGGUUCGAUCGAGAUCUUAGCAUGGCUGGCCGAGCGAUGGUCAAAGACAGGAACGGACGCUUUGUACAAAAACUAGUCAAAGUUCAACGGCCAAUCCUAAGGAUACCUACCCUUGCCAUUCAUCUAGAUCGUCAGGAGACGUUUGCUUUCAACAACGAAACUCAAUUGUUUCCCAUUGCCGGGCUUAUCGCAGCAGAGUUGAACCGUCAUGGCGAGGGUGACGAUACCGCAAAGGCUGAAACACCGAGAGAGGGUGGCAGCUCCACUCGUUUCAGUCCACUGAAAGCGCCAGACGAGAGGCAUCAUCCCCAUGUCGUUGAAAUGAUAGCCAACGAGGUCAAGGUUGCUCCCUCCGAGAUUGUUGACUUCGAGAUGGUUCUGUACGAUACCCAAAAGUCAUGUGUUGGAGGCCUCAACGAGGAACUCCUGUUUUCUCCCCGGCUCGAUAAUCUCGAAAUGUCCUUUUGCAGCACUGUGGGUCUUAUCAAUUCGGUUAAUUCAUCGUCUUCUUUGGACGACGAGGAAUCAAUACGGCUAAUAUCACUUUUUGACCACGAGGAGAUUGGAAGUAAAACCGCUCAAGGCGCUGAUUCGAACUUUCUUUCAGCCGUCAUAAGGCGCCUCUCUGUCCUUCCUGGGUUUGGAGGCAACGCAGAACCCGACCCAGAUGCCUACGAGCAAAGUUUGUCAAAAUCGUUUCUCAUCUCCGCAGACAUGGCUCAUUCCGUGAAUCCAAAUUACGCCGCGAAGUACGAGACAGACCACAAGCCAGAGAUGAAUAAAGGCACUGUGAUAAAGAUCAAUGCUAAUGCACGCUAUGCUACUAAUUCACCCGGCAUUGUGCUCGUUGAAGAAACUGCUCGCAGAGCGAGGGUUCCAUUGCAACUAUUCGUUGUUCGCAAUGAUUCAAGCUGUGGAAGCACGAUUGGGCCAAUGCUGUCAGCCGCGUUGGGCACGAGAACAUUAGAUCUAGGGAACGCACAAUUAAGUAUGCAUAGCAUAAGAGAGACUGGGGGUAUCUACGAUGUCGACUAUGCCAUCAAGCUGUUUGAAAGCUUCUUCGUGCAUUACAAUGAGCUAGGAAGAAGCUUGACCAUCGAUUAG